GCAACUAUUUAUUUAUUUUAUUUCUCUGUGUGGUGAUCAGUGGUGAUCUUCUUGUCUCGUCUCACUUGUGAAAUAUAAGGCGAAGUUUUUUUUGCUUCUUGUUCUAUCGUUAAUGAACUUUAUUAUACCUAAUUGCUACAAGGCUUCGAUUUCUUUUGUCAAGUUACAGUGUAAAAUAGUGAUAUUGGUGGUGAUUGUGGUGCAAAAUGCCUGGUAUAGCAACUAUGUCUCUUGACAAUAUGUUCUGUACACGCUGUAGCGAGGGUUUUGAGCCCAACGAGAAGAUUGUGAACUCCAAUGGUGAACUUUGGCAUACAAACUGCUUUGUUUGUGCCCAAUGUUUCCGUGUCUUCCCUGAAGGAGUAUUCUAUGAGUUUGAGGGCCGCAAGUACUGUGAGCGUGAUUUCCAAGUGCUAUUUGCACCAUGCUGUGGAAAAUGUGGAGAGUUCAUAAUCGGGCGCGUAAUAAAGGCGAUGAACGCCAACUGGCACCCUCGCUGCUUCCGCUGCGAGGAGUGCAGCGCGGAGCUGGCGGACGCGGGCUUCAUCAAGCACGCGGGCCGCGCGCUGUGCCACGCCUGCAACGCCCGCGUCAAGGCCGACGGCCUGCAGAACUACAUGUGCCAUAAAUGCCACGGCGUGAUCGACGGCGAACCACUGCGGUACCGCGGCGAGGUGUACCACGGGUACCACUUCACGUGCGCCACGUGCGGCGUGGAGCUGGACCACACGGCGCGCGAGGUCAAGCAUCGCUCGGGGUACGCCGCCAACGACGUUAACAACCUAUUUUGCCUGCGCUGCCAUGACAAGAUGGGCAUUCCCAUCUGCGGCGCUUGCCGCCGACCCAUCGAGGAGAGGAUUGUGACCGCCCUCGGGAAACAUUGGCAUGUUGAGCAUUUCGUGUGCGCGAAGUGCGAGAAGCCUUUCCACGGGCACCGGCACUACGAGCGCAAGGGGCUGGCGUACUGCGAGCAGCACUACCACCAGCUGUUCGGCAAUCUCUGCUACGUCUGCAACCAGGUCAUAGCCGGCGAUGUGUUCACGGCGCUGAACAAGGCGUGGUGCGUGCACCACUUCGCGUGCGCGGUGUGCGACGCGCCGCUCAGCACCAAGAGCAAGUUCUACGAGUACGACCAGCGGCCCGCCUGCCGCCGCUGCCUCGAGCGCCUGCCGCAGGAGCUGCGUCGACGUCUGCGUCGCGCGCACCACUACACGCUGCGCCGGUAGCUCAGCAAACCACUCGGACUCUUGUCCACUCUUAUCCGAGCGUUUUCCCAUCAUUAUUGGAGCAGGGGUUGUAUACUACGUGCACUGCUGCCGAUGGUGGUCAUUAAAAAAACUAAUUUAAAAAUCAAUAUGCGUCGCGAAUGGGGUUAUCGGUAUUCGAUCCAGGAAUAUCGAUAGUAUCGACGAAUAGCAAUGACUGCUGAAAACGUAGGCUUCGCGUUUCUUUGUUAGAAAUUCAUGUGCGUAUUCAGCGGUCAAUGUUACUCAUCUAUACUAGUAGUGAUAUUUUAACGUUUUUCAAAGUGAUGUUCACAGAAACAAUAACUGGUCAUUUUACAGUCUUAUUAUCAUUAUCUUAUGAUAAUAAGAUUGUAAAUGAUUAGUUAAUAAGUUUAUAGUUAUUAUACCCUUUUUUCGUUUUCUUGAAUUUUCUAACGUUAAUUUACAUAAAGAUUCAAUUUAUAUUGUGCGUCGAUAUCUUCUAGUGUAUAAUUGUUUUAUUCAUAAAAAUAUAUUUUUGCUGAACCUAGUUAACGUUUCUAAGAAACUGUUGGAAACUUAUUUUAUGAUGAUAUCUAGACGAAAAAAAAUACGAAGUAUUUUGCCUUUACCUUAUUAACUUUAUUGAAUUUUACACUCUCAAAACAAUGCAAUUUUUGUCACGUUGAAUAAUGUUACUAAAAUUAGUUUAUCUAAUAGUAUGUAUAGUGACAUCCCUAUAUGUUUUUAUGUGCCUUAGAAUGUGACUAAUGUAAAUAAUUGCUAAUAUAAGCUUGAUUGUGGAUUAUAUGAAUAUUUACUAAUAUAUUUUAUCUAAAUAUAAUAUUAUAUAAUUAUCCAAAGUGGAUUCAAGAAUCAUCAUUAUAUGUAAUCAUGAAAAUAAUGCUUUAUUAAUGCUUCUACUACAAAGAUUUUCAUUUCAAUCAAUCUUUUAAUAAAUCCAAAAUCUACAUAUAUUGCAGUUCCGAUAGAUUCCAUAACGAUAAGAAUUUUUGAGCUUGGCCAAUCCAUACGUAAUCACAAUGAAACAAUUAUGUUACUGUAGAGGGAAUGUAUUUCAACAACGACCAGUAAUCUAAGAAAACACACUUUUCAUCAUAAAUAUUUAUGUAAUACUGCUACAUACUAACACUGAGAAAAAGUAUGUUGGUAAACAUUAUUCUCUACAUAUUUUUAUUACACUUUAUUCUUUCGCUUACAGUAAAACAUAGAAUAUAAUAAUUCAAAUGUUAGGUAACCAUUUUGUUUUAUAAACAACGCAAAUAAACACAAAAUUGCUCGCAAAUUUACAAUUUCAACAAAUUAACACAUUUGACUAUGUAGUACCUAAUCACUAUUCGCAGUGUUUAUCUAGGAUGGAAAGCCUGCGAAUGUGAUCAACAAACAGUCACAGAUGUUUUGACUUAUACCUGGUAAUAUUCAAAACCAGGUUAAUAUAAACUAAUUCAAAGUUGUAAUAAACUCGAAUCCAGUAACCUUCGUUUCGAGUCUUAGCUCACAAGUCAGUUUAGUCCUUUCAAGUAAAAGUACAUUUCUAUGUACACACCAUAGAUAAAUCAAGUUAUUAGACUGACUUGAAACUUGAGCUUGUACAACACUAUGUAUAUAGCCUAGUCCGUAUUUUGAUUAGUAUUAAGGGCAAGUGUUAAAUACUCAAUCUGCACUGCACUGAUUGGGUGCGAGUCCAAGGAUUUUCACAUACAACAAUCAAAAUACGAACUAAGCUUAUAAUAACUAUUAUUUAGUUAUCUUUCUUCAUCCUGGUGCUGGUCAUGCGGUAGAUAAUGGAGUCUCUGCCAGGAUCCAUGUCCAUGAUGGCGUACACAAUGGCAACCAGGCUGAACGUGAACACCACUCCGAACCACAGCAUGAUGUUGAAGAUGGCUGCAUAAUUGGUAGGUGCGGGUAUUGUCUGUAAAAAUUAUGAAUUUUACUGGUUAUUGACUUCUCCACCAACCGUAACUCUUUGCGGUUGGCAUUAUAUGUUGGUAUGGCACUCUGUAUUCCCAUUCCCGUAAGUAAGAGGAUUACAGAUUUGUCAUAUAUGUUCUAAAUAGAAUUUUUUUAAAACAACUGAUGAACAAAAUAUCUUAUCGCUAUUGUACUACAACAAUUUCCUCUGUUAUACAUACACAAUACAAAUCUUUAAUCCUUAAUCAAGCAAAAAGAACUUACCACAUUGGCUGGGGUUUGCCGACUGAUUACGGAACGAACUGCUCUCCUGGUGUGCGCCACAUCUGUAGUGACAGCUACCACCAGGACAGAACCAUCAUAAGCUCUCGCAAAGGCAGUGCUAAGACUCUUCAAAGCUGCGCCU